UUGUUGCGUUGUGUUGUGAUGUUAUGAUAUUAUAAAUAAUUAAGUUUAAUGUAUACAAUUUCGUGAUAAAAAAAUCAUGAUUAAUAUGUGUAGAACUUGCCUCGAAACUCCAGCUGAUAAGCUUAUUACGGAGCUAGAAAAGGGCUUAAGAAGGAGCAAUAAAAACUGCUUCGAGAUUAUGGCGUUUUGCUUAGAUAUCAAGGUUACCCAAGACUCUAAAAUAACAACGAAUUUAUGCAGCAAGUGUUACAGAAAAAUCAUAACAUUUUAUAAGUUUAAAGCCCUGUCUUUGAAAAAUGAUUCAUAUCUAAAGUCUCUGCAUCCAGUUGUACAGUUAAACGAUCAGAAACUAUCUGUGUAUGUAGAUGAAAACGGUAUUAAACACGAGAAUUUCUUAGAUUCAGAAGAAUUUGGUCCCAGUUUAGUAGAAGAUUGUAAUGAGAGACUUAAAAUAGAAAUAGAUGUUAAGAAAGAUAACUUACUAGAAGAUCUAGACAUAGAUGUUAAAAAUGAGGAUACUUUAGAAGGUGAUGAGCCAGAUAAUAAAGAUACUUUAGAAGGUGAUGAGCCAGAUAAUAUAGAUACUUUAGAAGGUGAUGAGCCAGAUAAUAAAGAUACUUUAGAAGGUGAUGAGCCCGAUAAUGAGUUAAAUGACUUGAAUGUUGAGCCUUUAUGUGUUGUUCAAAAAGAAAAACCUGAUAAUGUUAAGAAUACCAAAGGAAAAGUACGAAAAAAACGUACACGUCCAAGAAGAGUAAAAUCACAAAUAAAGGAAAAUCCCAAUCAAGAGCUGCAAGUGUGUGAGGAGUGCGGCAAAUCUGUGCGUAACCUUAAAGACCACUCACUCCAGCAUCUGCCGAAGGAGGAGCGCCCGAGGGUGCAGUGCAAGGCGUGUCCCAAGACCUUUGCCACCUAUAGCGGCCGAUACAACCAUUACAAGUAUACACAUUUAGGGCUAAAGCCCAAAUGUGAUAUUUGUAAUAAAGUGGUGAGAUGUCUGAACGUGCACAAGAUGCAAGUGCACAACCCAAGCGCACUACCGUACAGCUGUGUCUCGUGUGAGCGUCGCUUCGUGACGCAGUCCGCGCUCGACGUACACAUGGUCGCUCACACUAAGGACCCGAAGUUUCAGUGUGAUAUAUGCCAGAAGAAGUUCCGCUUGAAACACCUUGUUUUAACACAUAUACGGAAGAUCCAUGAAAAUGAAAAGAAUUAUCAAUGUGAUGUGUGUGCUAAGACUUUUUUCGAGAAAGUAUUACUUCAGAGACAUGCAAAGACGCACUCUAAGAAGCGGUUGUACAAAUGCAAUGAGUGUGGCCUAGCCCUCAAGACGAAGGAUACACUGAAGAGUCACCUCUUGAUCCAUCGCAGUAACAAGGAGUAUCCGUGUGAACUGUGCAGCAAGCGCUUCCAAAAACUAGACUACUUGCGGUGCCACAUGGUGACCCACACGAAGGAGAAGCGUUUCGAGUGCCGGUUCUGCGGCGUGCGCUUCGGUCGCUCGCACCACCGCAGUCGCCACGAGUCCACCGCGCACCAGAAACAGCUAAAAGCCGAAUAAACGAUUAUUACACUUU